AUGAAACUUUUGCGCAGCGUGAGUAGCACGUGUCGACACCGUUCUGGUUUACCUGCUCGCGUCUUAAAGAGGUUUCCCUUCGAAAUUUAAGUCAGUUGUGAUAAUGUAGCCCCACCUGAGAUAAACAAACCCCAGCCACCUGUAAUAAGGGAUUAGUGGUAAUAGGGAGGUUUUACAGGCGCAGCCGAGGGACGCACAGGCGACGAAGACAAGUAGUUGUAUGUAGAAGAACAAUUUUUGUCAAUGCGCUGCUUGACUUUGAAUGGUUGAGAAAUAGCUGCCCUAACUGCUUACACUAACCAUAACCCCAUCUGUGUUGCGUCCAUCAGAUGAGGCUACAUAACGACAUCUUACCGAAAUCUCAACAGACCCGUUACCGGAGCGGAUCGUUAUUCGGAUUGCAGGUCCAUUAUGUGAUAAGCACAGCCGGCUAGCUGACCCGGAUAGCAGCCAGCUUUCUCUUAGGGUACUCGGAUCCAGAACAAUUUGUCAUCUGCUUAUGCCAAUUUCCCUAAUAAUGUUUUAUAAGUUCCGUCAGUUACUGCAUUUUCAGUGUGCAUGUCGUGUUAAACGUAUAUAUUAUGUUGUUUUUGAUUCAGACGAUGCAAAAAAUUUCUAUAUAUUUUAAAAGACGUUUUAUAUUUAUGUAAUUUUACACGCUCAAAACAUAUUAUCAUAUUUUUAUAGGCCUUAACGCAUUAUACAUUCUGAAGCCAUGAGUUGAUCCCCGUGGCUACUACAGUGAUUGGCUAACAUCCUGAAUGUUUGGCUGAAAUUAUGAAAUGAGUUUUCGAUUAGGAAGGAUUAUUUAGGCGCGGUUGUAAUACUGAUUAUCCUACGGCAUAUUCCUAUCAUAUUUUGGACUCGGCAGGGUGCCAGCAUUUGAAUGCAUUGUUUUUCAAUCUCCUAUAGAAACAGUAUUUGAUAAAAUAUGACAUAAAAUGUAGCAUCUAUUUUUACACAACUAACUCCCAAAGAAUUGGGAGCCUGAUCAGUCCUUACAUUAGCGUGUAGUGAUUUAAGUCGACAAAAUGCAUGUGUUUUGCGUAGAAAAAAUCACAUACCCUUCUAUACCUUUAAAAAGAUACCAUAGAGCGUCCAAACAUUUCGCAAUUGCUGCGGAUUCCGUUGUACGUUUUAUAAGGAACAGUGGCAAACGGGCAGGUACAAUGCUGUAUGAAUCGACAUUGCAUCGUCUGAAAAAAUCUCCUAAUUAGAAACUUUUAAAAUCUAAUCAUACCGCCUCUUUGAGUACAAAAUUUAAUGAUGACGUGAUCCUCUCCUGAACGACUGAAAAAAAACAUAUUUGGAUCGUGGUUUCAACAAAAUAUAUUUGAAUUUGCUACACCAUCAAAAAUCAAUAUGCCAAGUGCAUGCCACGUUUGCAGACAUUUUUAGAGAGUAGAGAGAAAAUUUUGGAGCAGUGUAUUCAAAAGCUGGCAUCCUGUCAAAUCCGAAAUACGAUAGGAUGAUGUCGCAAGAUAAUCACUAUUACAACCGCGCCUAAAUAAUCCUUCCUAAUCUGAAAGGCAUUUCAGCAUUUUACCCAACAUUUCAUGAGAUCGGUCACUCAUUGUGUAGCAUUAGACAGAGCCUUCCGAUUGGCUUUCCGCCUUUUUUUCACGGAGAAACAACAAUUGUUUCUAAAUUCAAAUUAAGAAAUAUGCCCCGUUUUCUACUUGUUUCUCUUAGUGAAUGAAUGAAACAUCCUGGCAGCUAGCAAUCGAAUUGUAGGACUGUAUUCUCGAGCUUGGCAGUACGUGAGUGCGUAUGGUGCAUGCGUUCAGCGAUGCAUAAAGUAAUUGCAACGCCGUUUUGUGUGCAGUUUCCAGCUUAUCCAUAUUCAUUCGCCCCCUUAAUUGUUGUAAUUUCAUUACGAGUGUCGGAUGUUGGUGUGAUAAUUACUCAAUCAUCUGACCCGCCGACGCUGGCCUUGGGAACAGUGUUCGCCUGCGCGCUUCCCGCGCUGCUAAUUACUCCACUUAGGCAAAGUCUCAAAAAUGAAGGAGAAGAUCGAUACAGUUGAUAAUAAAGCUCUUGUCCCAGCGAUCGUGUUUCCUUUUUUAUACUGCUUCCUGGGACUAGAUCAAAAAUACCAUGACCUCAUUUGGAUGGAUGCUGACCCCUUUGAGUUUCUCCAGGAAUUGUGCACAAUGUUACAUCCCUUUUUACUGUUAUUCCCUAGGACCUGGCGAUCGAGACAAUCGAGUUGCUUCUACAAAGCAAAUACGAUGAAACGGAGUACCGUCUUGGACAUGCCCAAGUCCUUCAGCUCCUGAAGUUCUGUCUUAGGACGUACUUCACGUUCGACGGGACAAUCUACGAACAGGUGAAGGGCACACCAAUGGGUUCGCCGAUUUCGGGAUUCAUCGCCGAGGCGGUCCUGCAACGGUUAGAGUCGCUGGUCUUCCAACACCACAAACCGAAAUUCUGGGCCCGGUAUGUGGAUGACACCUUCGUCGUCAUCGAACGGGAUCAGGUGUUGACAUUCCAAGAAUAUCUCCACGCCGUCUUCACGGACAUUCAAUUUACGAUGGAGGAGGAAGAGAACAACCAGCUGGCUAUCUUGGAUGUCCUCGUAUGCCGCAAAGAUUGUGGUUAA